CACUCAGCACAGUAAAAGCGUCAUUCAUCACAAGUUUAAUCUGUCAGUUUGUAGCAGUUUUUUCCUUUUUUUCCAACUUCCUGUUUCGUCAUCAACUCUAGAGUUUACUUCUAUCAAGCUGAAUCAGAGACUGCACUUCAUUGAGAAAAGAGCGUUCUCGGGUUUUUUUGGUCAGGUAACUCGACAAAGUUGGUUACAAACGUUAGCCAUUUGUUUUAGUUGACGUUUACGAUCACCUGCGUUUUUCAUGUUUAUACACAAGGAGAGAAGAUCAGUCAUGUUUCUUGGUCUUACGAGACUGCAACUGCUAGGAUGUUAACCACCUGAAGGUUCUUUUAAAUGAAAGGAAAGUUUGAUAUCGAUGUUGUAGCCGAUUCGACGAUAACUAAGCGGCGUGUUCAAAGGGCCACCAUGCCCGACUAUGCUAAGAUGAAAAAGCCGGACGUUAAAUUGGUCAUCCUCGGGGAUAUGAACGUUGGAAAGACCUCUUUGCUGCACAGGUACACGGAAAGAAAGUUUAAAGAUACUAUUAGUACGGUCGGAGGGGCGUUCUUUUUGAAACAGUGGGGACCGUACAACAUUUCCAUCUGGGACACCGCAGGUCGGGAGCAGUUCCAUGGCCUUGGUUCCUUGUACUGCAGAGGUGCAGCGGCGGUCAUCCUCACCUAUGACGUCACUAACUGGCAGAGUCUGGCGGAGCUGGAGGACCGCUUCCUGUCUCUGACCGACACGGCCAACAGCGACUGCAUUUUCGCCAUCGUGGGCAACAAGGCCGACCUCACCGACCCCAGAGCCCUUGUGGAGGAGGAAGGCGAGGAGGAGAAAGAGGUGGUCCCCCAGCUCAGCUCCUCACCCACAGGCCCCCCUAAGUUCCGUAAGCAGGUGCUCCGGGAGGACGCCAUGGCCUUUUACAGUCGCAUCCUGCGCUACAAGCUCCUGGACGAGGCCACCAGCCUGCCGGCGGAGAGCAUGUGCUUCGAGACCAGCGCCAAGACGGGCUACAACGUGGACCUGCUGUUCGAGACACUUUUCAACAUGGUCCUCCCGUCCAUACUCAAGAAGGAAUCGCAGAGCUGCUCUCCCACCGUCGACCUGGAGGAGUGCCGGGAGGUAAAGAGGACCAAGGCUGGGUGUUGCACUUGAAUCAUAAAGACUUGAACACUGUACGACACUUAUAGGAUAGUAGUUUUUUAGGGUCCACAGGGUUCAUAAUCUGUUUGUGUGCGUUUCUCUGAGAUUCGCUGUUGCCUGUGUUGAUUUUCUCACGCUCGCAUGCAAUCCAAAGCUAUGGCUGCUCCAAAUAAGGGGCGAACUUGGUGGGGAAGUUACUCACAAUGAGAUAAUCAACCGGAUAUGCAAUAAGUCAUAACACAACUCAGAUUUGCACUAUGGCUUCACUAAAUUAUGGGUUUUCUGGCCAAAGCACAUUAUUUGUAGGUCUUAAAUUAUCACCAAAGCCUUUUUUAAAUGUUUAUAGUUCCACAAGGAAGAAAAAAACAAGAUGGAAAGUCACACUGUUGGGUGAGUAGUCAGUUCAGUGGUACGGCUGCCGAUUGUCUGGGUGAUUACAGUUGUCAGUUGGUCCUGUUUUUGAAGGUGCUUCAAGAGACUUCAUGUUGUAAUGUUUUAUGUUUUCAAUGUUUUAGGCGAUGCUUGUGUUUUGUUGAUUUUUUUUACGUGCGUUUUGUAUCAAAUCUAUCUUGUAAAAGAUGUGAAACUAUUUAAGAAGUACAUUUUAUAUUGUAUUUUUCCCUUCUGAUUGUACAUUAAAGAAUAAAGAUUCUCAAUUUAAAAUAU